AUGGUUACGAUCCAACGGUUCAAACGUAUUGAACCCGGAAAUCACACAUUAGGCAAGAUCCGUUCAACGUUAUCCGAAUUAAGAUCCAUGAAAUCCUACGCGCUCAUGGGGACUAGGAGAUUAUUGCAGGCUGAUUGUGGUACCCACCCUGCUGCCCACGCACCGCCACACGCGCCGGCAGCGAGUGGUGCCUAA